GUUACGUAGGAACGGAGCCUCUACGCAGCAAGACGUCGCGACGUGUCCUCUGACGUUUUUUAAAGCGACACCAACCACUCCGGUGGCCACAUCCUCACUCUCAUCACAUGCCUGAGUCUUUCAGCGUUUAAUCAGCCAAGUCACAACACCAAUCUCAACUGUUACAGAGACCUACCGUCGGUUAGCAUGGCCAGCACAGAGGGAAGUAAACUCUGGGGAGGUCGAUUUGUGGGAGACACCGACCCUGUCAUGGAGAAGUUCAAUGCGUCCAUCGCGUAUGACCAGAGGAUGUGGGAUGCAGACAUCCGUGGGAGCAAGGCUUAUGUUAAAGCUCUGGAGAGGGCAAAGCUGGUCAGCACGGAUGAAAUGGAGCAAAUCUUACACGGGAUGGAUCAGAUUUCUGAUGAGUGGUCUAAAGGUGUUUUUGUGAUCAGACCCGGAGAUGAAGAUAUUCAUACUGCCAAUGAGCGCAGGCUAAAGGAGCUGAUUGGUGCACCUGCAGGGAAGCUGCACACUGGCAGGAGCAGAAAUGACCAGGUGGUGACUGACAUGAGGCUGUGGCUGCGAGACGCUAUCUCCACCCUUAGGGACAAUGCGCUACAGCUGAUAACUACCAUGGUGGAGCGGGCAGCAGUAGAAAUUGAUGUCCUUUUUCCUGGUUACACCCACAUGCAGAGGGCUCAGCCAAUCAGAUGGAGCCACUGGAUUCUGAGUCACGCUGUUGCCCUGAGCAGAGACGUGGACCGGCUUCAGGAGCUCAAGAAAAGAGUUAACGUUUUACCUCUUGGCAGUGGUGCCAUUGCUGGGACUCCAUUUGACAUCGACAGAGAGCUACUGCAGAGAGAGUUGGGUUUUGAUGGCAUCAGUCUGAACAGCAUGGAUGCCACAGGCCAGAGAGACUUUGUUGCUGAGUUCUUGUUCUGGGCUUCGCUGUGUUUGACCCAUCUCAGUAAGAUGGCUGAGGACCUGAUGCUGUACAGCACCAAAGAGUUCUCCUUCGUCACGCUUUCUGAUGCCUACAGCACAGGCAGCAGUCUGAUGCCCCAGAAGAAAAAUGCUGACAGUUUGGAGCUGAUCAGGAGUAAAGCAGGUCGUGUCUUUGGCAGAUGUGCGGGCUUCAUGAUGACACUGAAGGGCCUGCCGAGCACCUACAACAAAGACCUGCAGGAGGAUAAGGAGGCCAUGUUUGACUGCUAUGACAAUGCUCAGGCUGUGCUGCAGGUGACAACUGGAGUCAUGUCGACGCUCAAGAUCAACCAGAGUGUGAUGGAAGCUGCCCUCAGUCCUGACAUGUUGGCUACUGAUUUAGCCUACUACCUUGUGAGGAAGGGGGUACCAUUCAGAGAUGCCCACGGUAUCUCUGGCAAAGCUGUGUUUACAGCUGAAUCCAAAAGUACUUCCCUGAAUCAGCUCACUGUGGAAGACCUGGCUGCUAUAAGCCCUCUGUUUGAAAGUGACGUGUCCUCAGUGUGGGACUACAGGAGCAGUGUGGAGCAGUAUAGCGCCCCCGGAGGCACAGCUAAGAGUAGCGUCGCUGCACAGGUGGAACACCUGAGGAACUGGCUGAAGAAACAGGCACAGUGA